AUGGACGAUGAUGACGUCAAAAUGAAAAGCUCAAAUCAUCAUCCACUCCAAUCACUUUUGUCGUUGAAUGGAAUCAAUAAACCAAUGUAUACAUCCAAUGACAUGACAUUGUUUUGGAAUAUGUUGAUGCAUUUUUCAUUCAACAAUUACAACAACUACUUUAACCAGCAGUUCAAAGACAACACUGGGUUAGACGUGCUUAAGGGAAGGUUCUAA